CGGCCAGCAACAACAGCUAGAGGAUAACACGCAACACGAGGCCAAACAGCUUCUGCUGGUAGAACGCCGGCCGCGGAGAAGGAACAACCUUGCUCAACAAUGGCGUUGAUCUCUGCUCACUGCUACCCUCUACUGAAACCGUCGUUACUCACCACGCCUUCUUCGGUCUCCGCAAGGACACCGGUGCUCAGGCGAGUAGUAAGAAGAGGAACAAGGAGGCCGCUGCAGCGAUGCCUCUGUUCCCAGUACGCUGACGAACGGCAGCCGCCGGAAUCGCCGCAGCAGCUGGAGCGCCUCUUCUCCAACCUCAACCAGGCGACCAUGAAGCACGAGCCUGGGAGCGUCACCAGUGCCAUCUUCCUUGUGGCCGGCACAACGGUUGGGGCAGGUAUCCUCGCAAUCCCUGCAGUCACACAAGAAGCUGGGUUCUUGGCCUCGGCAGUUACAUGCAUUUUCUGCUGGUUAUACAUGGUUGUGACAGGGCUGUUAGUUGCUGAAGUAAACGUCAAUACCAUGUGUGAGAUAGGAUCUGGAGGUGUUUCCCUGGUCUCAAUGGCAAUGCGCACUCUAGGGACAUCCGGAGUAAUAACAGCCUGCUUAUCCUAUUUAUUUAUACAUUAUGCACUUCUUGUCGCAUACGUGGCACGCUCUUCAGAUAUCAUAACAAACUCAUUGGGUAUUCCAUUAUGGGAGAGUGCUACCCUGUUUUCACUGGCUUUCGGGGGAAUUUGUUACUUUGGAAGCCAGCAACUGAUCGGUGCAGUAAAUGGAUUUCUGGUAAUCGGCAUCCUAACAUCCUUCACUUCUCUUGUUGUUGUGGCAAGUGGAAAUCUACAGUGGAGUUCUCUUCUUGAAGCAAAUUUUGCUGCUGCUCCACAAAGUAUACCAAUAAUUGCCCUUUCAUUUGUAUACCAGAAUGUAGUUCCUGUUCUCUGUACAAAUUUGGAGGGAAACCUGUCAAAAGUACGAACAGCUAUCGUAGCGGGUACUGCCAUACCCCUGGCUCUGUUCCUAGUAUGGGAUGGUGUAAUCCUGGGGACACUUCCAGGCAUUGCAGGGAAUAGCAAUGUUUCUGAUCCAUUAGAACUACUGAGGUCAAGUAAUGGGACAGUGGGGCCUAUUGUUGAGGCAUUCUCAUUUCUCGCUAUAGGCACAUCAUACAUUGGAUUUAUUCUAGGACUCUCAGACUUCCUAGCGGACUUGCUUAAACUGCCAAGUGGCCAGAACAAACCGCUGCCAUUCUUAUUAACUCUGCUCCCUCCACUUGUUCUGUCCCUGCUUGAUCCGGAGAUAUUUUUCAAAGCAUUGGACUUUGCAGGAACUUAUGGAGUUCUAGUACUCUUUGGAGUUUUUCCAGCAGCUAUGUCUUGGUCAGAGAGAUAUUCAGAUGAGUUGGAAGCUCCAGUACCCCCUAUAGUCCCAGGAGGGAAAUUUACUCUAGGAGUUGUUAUGGGAGGUGCAUUGCUUGUUAUUGUUUCAGAGAUAGUCAAGGAUAUAAUGCAAUUACAAGGACAACACUGACAAUUGGUGCAAGUGAAUGUACAUCAUGUAACAGUACCAAAUACAACACCCCUUCAGAUCUUUGUGUAGUACUGCCAACAGGUAGCAUAAGUAUAGUAAAAAGCAAUCGAGUGCAGUUUUGCAGUUUCAUGGAG